UGACAGAGAAAAGUUUGAACUGUUUAAUCACUGACAUCCACGUAACGCGUGGACGUAUUCACGAGGCAGCGCCGCCACCUGGUGGCCGGGUGGAGGACUCACGGGGAGGAGGUAGGAAGUGUUUCGGAAGUGGACAUGGCAGGCCACAGAAGGAAUCGGAGGAAAAGGGCGGAGGAAAGGGAGCUACCGGAGGGGAAUGAGAAAACGAUAAACCACCGUGACUUUUAGCAGAGGAGCCAGCUUUAGGGAAUAUAAACGUGAACGUCGCAGGACUUUACACGCAGUUUGGAGGCUUUACUUUGUGUAACGGCACCUCGCCUUAAAAAAGAUAUCGCCCAUCUCUGCUCCUCUUCCCUCCACGCGAACGCCUCUUUGCUGAGUUUGUAGGAAGGCAGCGAAAAGCUCCCGUCCUCUUUUUAAAAAAUUUUUUUUAGAAGAGUUUAUCUGACGGGACAGGACGGACAGGACGGGACGGACAGGCGACGAGGAUUCGAAAGGGGCCAUGCAUCAAGGGUGAGGGGUGUGUGUGGAGGGGGGGGGAUUGCUGCGGGGGACACACACAGCGUCGGGUGAGGAGGGGUGGAGAUGAAGCUCAAACAGCGCAUGGUGGUUCUGUGUGCCGUGCUCCUCUUGCUGGGCCUGGCCAAGAUCUUUCUGCUGGAUGGAGGCGAGGGCUCCGCAGCCAGUCGACGGGACCUCAGAGCGUUUCGCAAGAUGGAAGCCGGCCUUUCUCUGUCCCGGGGAGCUCGCCUUACCCACACCCUCCAGUCUCCAUGGGAAAUUGCAAGCCAGUGGGUGGGCCCGAGAGAGGUGUACCCAGAGGAGACCCCAGAGCUGGCUGCUGUGCUCACCUCCCUCAGCACUGCCAAAAUUGAACGGGCAGAUGUGGGCUAUAAGGGCACGCAGCUCAAAGCGCUGCUGGUGCUGGACGGAGGACAGAAAGUAGUCUUCAAACCCAAGAGAUAUAACCGUGACUACGUGGUUGAAGGCGAGCCAUAUGCAGGCUACGACAGACACAACGCAGAGGUGGCUGCUUUUCACCUCGACAGGAUCCUGGGGUUCAGGAGAGCACCUCUAGUGGUGGGGAGAUACGUCAACCUGCGAACAGAGAUUAAACCUGUGGCCACGGACCAGCUGCUGAGCACCUUUCUCAUGCAGGGUAAUAAUACGUGUUUUUACGGAAAGUGUUACUACUGUCGGGAGAGUGAACCGGCGUGUGCAGAGGGAGAGAUCAUGGAGGGGUCGUUAACCCUUUGGCUGCCAGACGUCUGGCCGUUGCAAAAACACAGACACCCCUGGGGACGUACAUAUAGAGAGGGAAAACUGGCCAGGUGGGAGUACGAUGAAAGUUACUGCGAGGCUGUGAAGAAAAUGCCCCCAUACGAUGCAGGGCCGAGGCUGCUGGAUGUCAUCGACACAGCCAUAUUUGAUUAUCUCAUUGGGAACGCGGACCGGCAUCACUAUGAGAGUUUCCAGGACGACGGCGGCGCCAGCAUGCUCAUCCUGCUCGACAAUGCAAAGAGCUUUGGGAACGCAGCUCUGGAUGAGAGAAGUAUCCUCGCACCACUCUAUCAGUGCUGCAUGAUCCGUGUGUCCACAUGGAACAGGUUAAACCUGCUGAGAAGCGGAGCUCUGAGCUCAGCGAUGCGGCAGGCGCUGGGAUUCGACCCUAUUCAACCGGUCCUGGCAGAGCCACACCUGGCAGCCCUGGACAGGCGUCUCUCUGGAGUCAUAGCAACUGUCAAGCAGUGUAUGGAGGCCCAGGGCCCCGACAACACUCUAAUAGAAGACCGAAUGAACCUCCCACAUCCUUAGAAAACAAGGGACAUGAGAAAACAGAGGAGCAGGAAGAGCCAGGACUUUACUUCCCGAGCUUGGACAGGAGGAAGUGGAUCAGCCCUGGUGUUGGAGAAGGAGAUGCAGAGUGAGCAAAUGGAUCAACAGGGUGGCACAAAGACUUCCUUCUUCCCCCUCCUUGUCCUCUUCUUGUUUGUCACUCUGAUAAGACUGGAAAAAGGGAAUCGCUGGAUUCAAAGUGGCGUCACCUUCAACUAUAUAAACUUUUUUCUCAGGACUGUUGUACACUAUAAGACAGUAUCUGCUGUAAGAGCCUCUCCAUCUAAUACUACUGGUUAUGAUGACACUCCUGCUCUGCGCUAAAUUCUCCCGCCCAGUCCGGCUUUUCCUUCUGAGUCAACCACGGCUGUAUUCAGACCAAAUCAGGCAUCGCAGUGAUUCACCUCAGCUCUGUGCGGCAGUGUGUUUAUUUAUGCUUAGUUAUGCUUAAUUAUGAAACAGUCAGAAAAUAACUAUUUGUCUGAUUCAUCGGCUUUCUUGCUCUCUGCGCUCCAUCUAAGUCAUUCACUGUCUAUGUCGGUCAAACCAUCGGACACAAACCAAAAGGAAAAUUCUCUGUGCGAGUCAGACAGAUGUAGAAGCUGGUACGUGAAAUAAAGAGUAUCAUGAGGUCCACCUGGACGGUACACUGUUUCAGUAACAUUUCAGGCUGUCUGUCGAGGCUUUUGAGCGCUCUGACGCAGCAUGAUAUCUGGUUUCAUUUCCCUAAAAGUUGAAAAUAGCUCAACUCCUUCGCCGCAGGUCACUUUUUGGUUGCACAACGCCGCAGCCUAAACACAAUACGGCCCGAUCAAAUAAACAGGGGCAACCUGCAUUUUCACCGCAGCACCUGGUUUGGUCUGAAUCGGACCUGAGGAGGAGGAGACGGAGCCUGUACACACUCACAGGAGCAGGAAGGAGGACGCUGCGUUCAGUUGGAGUUUACAGUCCAAGAAACUGAAACUUUUUUUUUUUUCAUGAACUGAAAUUGAACUUUGAUCGAAAGGAAAUCAAAACAAACUCCCUGCCCCGUCAAUGUGUAAAUAUUUAACUAAGUAGUGACAUAGAACUAUGAGACGAAAGAAUAUACAUUUGUGGAUUAUAAUAUUAAAUAAACUUAAGGGUGUGUGGUGUGGGUGUGCGAGUGUGAGUGUGAGUGUGCGAAUGGAGUGCCAUAUUGUGCCGUAAAUAAGAAAAGCUACUGACGUGACAGACUUGAAGUGAAGGGAACACAGAGAUCCGCCGUGUGGGUAAUCUUCAGCAUUAAACUAUGAUCUAUUUAA